ACUUUUGUCAGCUGGGCAGGACGUUGCAAAGAUGGUGAUCUUUAGUGUGUAUGUGGUGAACAAGGCUGGAGGUUUAAUUUACCAAUAUGACAAUUAUGUCCCGAGAGCGGAGGCCGAGAAAACAUUUAGCUAUCCUUUAGAUCUAGUGCUGAAGCACCACGAUGAAAAGGUCGUCGUAUCGUUUGGACAACGGGACGGAAUCAGAGUGGGCCAUGCAGUGCUGUCCAUCAAUGGAGUUGAUGUGCUUGGCAAAAACACAGCAGACGGAAAGGACACCCUUGAAUAUUUAAAGGAUCCCUCAAAUUACCCAGUGUCUAUUCGCUUUGGACGGGCACGCCUGAGCUCCAAUGAGAAGCUGAUGCUGGCAUCCAUGUUCCACUCGUUGUUUGCUAUAGGUUCACAGCUGUCUCCUGACGUUGGCAGUUCAGGGAUUGAGAUGCUAGAAACGGAUGUCUUCAAACUCCACUGCUUCCAGACUCUCACAGGGAUAAAGUUCAUUGUGCUGGCGGACCCUCGGCAAUCUGGUAUCGAUGCCCUAUUGAGGAAGAUUUAUGAGAUCUAUUCAGAUUUUGCCCUCAAGAACCCGUUUUAUUCUCUGGAAAUGCCAAUCAGGUGUGAACUCUUUGACCAGAAUCUGAAGGGUGCACUGGAGAUUGCAGAGAAAGCUGGCAACUUUGGAGCUGGAUCUUGAGCUAGAUAAGACUAGAUGGAAGGUGCUAUGAUUUCUAACCACAACAGAUUCACUCACUUCAUAUGAAGGUGGUUUAAGUUCAGGUGGUGGGGGGGAAAAAAACAAGUGGAUUUUCUUUUUUAUUAAGUUGGUAUCGGACUGGCAAUUAACAAAUUGUAAAUAGUUUGUUUUGUAAAUACUUGAAGAUUAAAUACCAUACUGUCUUUAAAA